GCGGCGGCGUUCAGAGGGCGUCCGGAAACCGUCCCAACGGUGAGUGAGGGAGUGAGCGCGUCUCCUGCUCGCAGCGCUGAGGCACAAAGUCAAGGCUCGCUUUGUCAACAGACACAACUUUUCUCCGCAUCUCCGGACAGUUUGACAGAAGACGCCGGACCACGGACCUCCAAACUCUCCACCCGGUCUGAACGGGAGUCGCCUUUCUUCGACCCGGAGCAGGGAAUCUUCCACUUCUCAGUUUUUGUAAGAUGUGGACUUUAAAGAGAAACCUUCAUUAAAAAGUUCCUCCCAAAAAGGACACACGUGUAAUGGCGGCGCGGCCAACCUGGACCUGGGUGUGCAUAGCAGGGACGCUCCUGUUCCAGCCAGGCUCCAGUCAGUAUGAGAGGGGCCUUUCUGUGCCCGAGCAUGGCUUCUGCCAACCCAUCUCCAUCCCUCUGUGCACGGACAUCGCCUACAACCAGACCAUAAUGCCCAACCUCCUGGGCCACAGCAACCAGGAGGAUGCUGGUCUGGAGGUCCACCAGUUCUACCCACUGGUUAAGGUCCAGUGCUCUGCGGACCUGAAGUUCUUCCUGUGCUCCAUGUACGCCCCGGUGUGCACGGUUCUGGAGCAGGCGAUCCCCCCCUGCAGGUCCCUGUGUGAGCGGGCUCGGCACGGCUGCGAGGCGCUGAUGAACAAGUUCGGCUUCCAGUGGCCGGAGCGGCUGCUCUGCGAGAACUUCCCGGUCCACGGUGCAGGGGAGAUCUGCGUGGGCCAGAACGCCACGGACAGAGACGGGCCCACGACCGACCUGACCCCCAGCCUCCACCAGCCUCUGACCGUGGCACCGCAUGAGUGGAGCAGCCCGGCCUUCUCCUGCCCCCUGCAGCUCCAGGUGCCCACCUACCUCAGCUACCACUUCCUUGGGGCAAAGGACUGCGGGGCCCCAUGCGAGACCUCCAAGCCCAGCGGACUGAUGUACUUCACUGCAGAGGAGCUGAAGUUUGGCCGGCUCUGGGUUGGUACCUGGUCCAUUCUGUGCUGUUUGAGCACCCUAUUCACUGUGCUCACGUACUUAGUGGACAUGGGUCGGUUUGGAUAUCCAGAGAGGCCGAUCAUCUUCCUGUCUGGCUGUUACUUCAUGGUGGCGCUGGCCUACACCACCGGCUUCCUGCUGGAGGACCGAGCCGUGUGUGUUGAUAGGUUCAAGGAGCAUGGCUACAAGCUGGUGGUUCAAGGCACCAAGAAGGAGGCCUGCACCAUCCUCUUCAUGAUGCUCUACUUCUUCGGCAUGGCCAGUUCCAUCUGGUGGGUGAUCCUGUCUCUCACCUGGUUCCUGUCUGCUGGGAUGAAGUGGGGCAACGAGGCCAUCGAGGCCAACUCGCAGUACUUCCACCUGGCGGCGUGGGCGGUGCCAGCAGUGCAGACCGUGGUCGUCCUGGCCGUGGGCCAGGUGGACGGGGACCUGCUCAGCGGCGUCUGCUACGUGGGGGUGUCCAGCGUGUCUGCGCUGCGGGGCUUCGUCCUGGCGCCGCUCUUCGUCUACCUCUUCGUCGGCACCUCCUUCCUGCUGGCCGGCUUUGUGUCGCUCUUUAGAAUCCGCACCAUCAUGAAGCACGACGGCACCAAGACAGAGAAGCUGGAGAAGCUGAUGGUGCGGAUCGGCGUGUUCGGAGUGCUGUACACGGUGCCCGCCACCAUCGUCAUCGCCUGCCACUUCUACGAGCAGGCCUUCCGGCCGCGGUGGGAGAGGGCGUGGCACAAGCAGACCUGCAAGCACUUUGCUGUGCCCUGUCCAGCAGGAAGCUCUUCACCAACUGUACCAGAUUUCACCGUCUUUAUGAUCAAGUACUUGAUGACCAUGAUUGUGGGCAUUACAUCUGGCAUCUGGAUCUGGUCUGGGAAGACGCUGCAGUCAUGGCGCCGGUUUUAUCAGAGGCUAAGCAACAAAAACCAGGAGGAGACAGUGUAGAGCCCCACAAAGCUCUACACUGCAGCCUGACUGGCCCUGAGAAACUGGUUAUAGUUUAGUGAAUAUAUGCAUAAUAUCUGUCACAGUAAAGCUUUGGCAUAGUUUAAUAAUAUUUGACUUGGGGCCUGCAGUGAAAUCUAUAAUACUUACAAUACAGACUGAAUAAGCCUGAAACGUUCCUCUAACAGGUCAACCUCCAGUAACUCUUUCUGGUUUUCCAACUCUUUGCUGAAAAUCUGGAUGAGCCAACUGACACCUGAUUAAGGAGAUCAGUAGGGAGGGUUGGAAAACCAGCACGUCACCUGCCCCCCACUACACCAGUAACGCCACCAGGUGGUGACUGAUUGGUGCAUCUGGCAAAAUCUGACUCACUGGCAUCUGCUGCACAGAGAUGUUUCACUUUGACUUUGUAAUACAAUGUUGAACCAAAUUGCAUUUUAUAGUGUUUUUUUUCGCAGUUUUAUAGUUUAUAGUGUAGAUGCAUUUGUUCAGGAGCUACUUUACCUGCAGCUCUGCCUCAUUGGAAAAUUACUCUUGACAAUAAUGUAUGUAUUUAUGAGAAUGUUAGAACCACGUAGGCUUUGUUUUUUGUAGUUUAU